AUGGCCGGUUGGUUGCGGCUGGCAGAGCAGCAGAUCAGUUCUUCGCCGCCAGACAGUGUCGAGCCCAAACCAAAGCGAAAGCCGGGUCGGCCACGUGGAACAUUUGGUGGCUCUGAGCUGCGGGCUUCUCUCAAAGCUGAAAGCUCAGAGGCAGUGCAGCAGGCCAUGGACAGACAACGAUUCACAUCUGAUUCCUCACAACAUCCUGCUGUUCAAGCUACGACAGUGAUGUCUACAGGCCAGCAGGGUGUGGUGGCCACGGGUGCACGUGCAAGCCCAGUGCAAGAGAUGAUCUUGCAGCAUGCGGUUGCACAAGCAAAGCGAUGUAGGCAAGAGGGUGCUCCAAAUCCAGCGACGACUCUUCUCUUUGAAGGGAGGAGGAACAUAGUCUCACAGAGCGUGGCGUCCAACAUGUUGGAUGUCACCAGGGAAGAUGCACGUCGAGUGGCUGCAAUUGUCGUUGAAGGUGGUGCCCGGCUGUGGCACGGUUUUCUUGAUCACAUAUCUGCCCUGGUCAAAGGGCCACAUUGGAAGGGUGUUCUGUUUGGUGUCAGAAGGCGCUAUGAUGAGACUCCGUUGCCUCUUCGUGUUCAAGAGCCAACACCACAGCCUUCCCGAAUCACUACAGUGACUACAGGCAAUGCAGCUGCUGUGUUGGAUGCUGCCAAGGAUUCUGCCAAGGGCACUACAGGCCGCAAGAAACGAGUGACAAAAAUCAUGCAGUCUGAGCUCAACAUCUUUGCACUUUUGGAGCGUCAAGAGCAGGAAGUGGAACCAGAGUCCAGGAGCAAGCCUGGCAAGUUCUUGCACAUCUGUGGCAAGUUUCCAUGCUGGUUGCAAUGCAUGCAAAGCACGACAGCUCAGCAGAUUUCUCAGUCCCAGAGGAAUUUGCUUUCCAGCAUCUCCAACCUGAACGAUGUUAGCAAAUUGUUCAUGACGAGGCAUGCCUGUGUCACCACUGACCGUUAUGCGGCCAAUCUUGUCGCAGAACAGGACAUCCAAUCCAGGUCUGGACAGUGGUGUCUGACACAUAUGCUCUGUCACGUUCACCAGCUGUCAUCCUCAGAGAAAAGCCUCGGUGACCUUAUUGCCGGUCACGUCGGCGGCAUUGUCAGCUUGGGGCUGUCUACACGCUUUGCGGGUGUACUUCCAGAGUUGCAACAGGCAUUGUAUUCCUUGUUUGAAGAUGAGCUGGAGAUCAUUGUGGGCCAAGGACCAGCCCGAGAACAUCAAGAUGCAAUUCUUGACUUGUUCUUGCCAGUUGAUGAGAAGAAAGUAACAGAGGUGGCGGAUCGGAUGAAGAGCAGGGGGCCAACCACUGCCUUGGCUCAGCAAAGGCGCCGGUGUGUCAUUCGGCAUUACCUAAACGGAGCUAUUGAUCAGGAGAAGCUUGUACACUUUACACCUGUGCUCUUGGAUCGUGAGCAGCUGCUGGCUGAGAUCCGUACAGAACUGAUUCCAGCCCUUUUACCCAUGCCUUGCCCGAUUAUCAACCGCUCGCGCUGGUUUGGCUGUGAGCAAGCCUUUGGUUGGGUGGGCAUUCUAUUGUCCCACCACAACCUGCUCCCUCGAUUGAUACAGCGAUGGAGGGGCAUCUCCACUGCGGCCGCCUCUGGCAUGGCACAAAUGGCAAGACCUGCCUCUGUGUCAACAGGUCCUUCACUUGGGCCAAAGUUUGGCAACUGGGGUGAUCUGGCAAACAGGGCUGCUCAGACACAGACAGCCCAAGACACAACUGCAGGAGUCCACCCAGAGAGAUUCCCGGCCAGACAAGGACAAAACCCUGCUGAAGACAUGGGGUACGCAGAGGGCACAAGUCUUGAGCCCGGGGACAGCUCCUUCGUUGCAGAAAUUCUGCGGGAUCCGGCCACCGGAGAUAUAAAUUGGCAAGAGCAGAAUAAAGCUACGGUGGCAAAAGCUGUGGCAUGGUGUCAGUCACAGCCAGCAAAUGCCGUCAUAGCGAUGAGCAUCGCAUGGGGACCAAUCUUGUGCCUGAUGCACACUGUGCUCAAGCUUGGAAGUGAAUCCUGGGAGCAUGAGCAAGACAGCUGGGCAAGCACGAAGCUUCAGAGUGCUCGAGUUGUUUCAAGGUCGAGCCAUGGACACCUGAAACAUAUGAACGACUUGAUGCACACAUCUUCUGCUGCGAUCCAGGCAAGCGGCCGAACUUUGUCUGUCAGAUGUCUGCUCUUCCGAUUGUUAAGUCGUUGUGGAGCUACAGUGCAUCAAGUCUUUGCUCUUCAACACAAAAGAGCUCCUUAUGUCUUGUUUGGAGCACUGAAUGGCAACCUUGGUCCUCUGCGUGGCUUGCCAGAGUGCCUUCAUGAUGAAUUGACCACAGUGGUGUGCGGCAGGUUUCCCAAGGAGGGCACAGAUCUGCUUGAGCCAGAGGCUCAGGCAAUCCUGGCAUGCUUGGCACAAAAUCUGGAAUCCGACAUAGUCGGUAUCGAGACGCGGCAUGCGUCAGUUCGCCGAUGCUGCUAUGCUAGAUCAGUCCAAGUCUGCACAAUUGAUUUCCGAGAUCUUGGUGCGGAGUGGAUCACAAGGCAACAAGUGAUCUUGCGCGAACCCCUGACCACAGCUGCCACCAAGCAGAGAAAGCCCCGUGAGAAGGCAAAAGCCAAGAAGAGCCGUGGUGGAUCCUGGCGUGCAUACCAGCAUCUCUUUCUCCGAAACGAGCCAAUGGAUCCUGCGCGGGCUUCUCAGGAAUACCAUGCAUUGAAACAGCGUGGUGGCCCAGACUGGGACCAAUGCAAGAAUGUCGGCCUCUUGAUGACCAUGGCUGGAAGAGCUGGCAAGAAAUCUUUCAAGAGGUGGAUCCCAUCACGAGGCCGACGAGUGGUGGAAAGCUCAGGUGGCCUUCGAUGCUUGAAGGAUGCCUUGGUGGAGAUUUCAGCUGGCAGAAAACGAUCCGUUGAACUGGCAGCAGCGGCUGAAGAACAAACGGAACAACUACUGGACAAAGUUUCAAAAGAUACUGCAGAUCAGCUGGGACAGGAGUUCACGGAGCCCCAGCUGUCCCAGGAUGCCCUUCUUGGCUCUGUUUCGAAUGGAAAUCAGACCCUGUUCCCUGCAAAUGCUGGGGCGUCGAAUGGUGCUUUCCAGUGUUUGCCGGCCUCCAUGAGUUCUCCGAGUCUUCUGAAAUUUCUGGUGCCAGCCGAUGUUCUUGCUCAGGAGCCUUAUCUUUCGUCCUGCUCGGGAGGUUUGCAAGCCGACCGGACGCGAAGCCAGCGGAUUCGAACGUGGCUUGUCCACAGCUUUGAAGGACACGUGGGCAGAGAAACACUGCUUGCAGCCGCCCCCAGAGCAACAGAUCGACAUGACCGGGAGUUUCACGACUUCCCGGUGCUGUUCCUUGGGGUUCUGCUUCUGCUGUGGCACUGGCCAACAAAGCCAUUUCUUCCAUUGCAAACUUUCGGCCUUGCUUCGCCCGUAUCUGUUCAGUUCAGACAGAGAGCCAAGAAGCACCAGCAACAUGCAACAAAAAAAGAGCACACCAAGGCCCGCAAGGCCAUGAUGAAGGGCUUCUUGAUUCUUCGGCUGGAAGUCGGCAGUGAGCCAGGGCAUGAACGUAUUGAGAAGUAUUUUCUGCCAGUGGCUGAUGAGCCACAUGAAGCCACCAUGCCAGUUCUGUCAGGAUUGCCUGAGCAGAUGCAUUCUUGGGCAAUGUGUGCAAGUUCAGACACUGGUUCAGGAGAAUCAAUGGCCUCGGCACAUCAACCCGUGUUCUCACACAUCGGCUAUGUGAACUACCGAUCCAUGCAUUUCAGUGUGUUGCCUUUGCAAGCAGUGUCCCAGACAGAUGACUCGGCAUCAGAUUCGGCUUCUCAGUUUCUGUCUGUCUUGUCACCUGUAGCCUUUUACCGUUGCUUCGAGUACUUCCAGAAAGAGCUUGAUUUCAGAUUACCAUAUGUCGCCUCAUUUUACAUCAUGUGCUCUGACGAUGAAACUGAGUUGCUUCCCAGUGAAAUGAUUCCUGGCCGCAUGGAGGCCGUGCCAUAUUCUGAAAUCCCGACACUUCAGGUCUGGAAGGGGCAACAUGCAGAGGAGCGGGAUCGAGCACGGAUCCGGAGUGAAAAGGAGAAGAAACGAAAACCUCCUUCAGGUUCCCAUCCUGGUGGCAUCCGCAAGUUUGCCAGGAAGACCAAGGAUCCCAUCUCAGAAGCGGCUGUCGACGCAGACCCGGCUCCAGGUCCUGCGAGUGGUGAUGCAGGGCAGGAUGAUGAAAACGUAUAUGUGGGCAUGGAUGAUGGUCUCAGCAAUGGCAGCAGUGAUGCAGAUGAGAACAGAUCCGAACAGGACUUGAUUGAGGCUUUGGAACAAGAAUUGGAGGAACAGCCAGAGAAUCCACCAGAAGCAGGGAUUUGGGGCCGCGCAAGGAAAGACUUGUUUUCCAGGCCAGCAGAGGGAGCAGCCUCCUCCAGUUCAGCUCCCAAUGCAGAACCAGCUAUGGCAUCAGCAGCUGCGGGUCCAGACGCUGCCGGUGAGAGUGGUUCUCGCCGAACAGGCCCUCGUGAGGUGGCUCCAGACAAGAUUGUGAUCCCCGACUUUGGAGAGAUGCACUUUUAUGAAAAGAGCCAGACGAUCCAAUGUUUCUGCCGUGUACAUGCUGCUGCUGACUGCCGCAAAAGCCGGACAGUCAAAGGGUCAGAGACACUCUCGAGAGUUGGUCAAGGCAGGCCGAUAGGCCUUUUAGCGGCCUGGCUGUAUGAUCAUGAAAACCAUGAUUGCGUCUCAGAGCCAAAACGUUCGAGGAACUUUGUCCACCCUUUCAAAGAAAGGCUGGCCGCACGCGAGAAGUUUGAUCGGCUUCCUGGGGCCAGUGCUUUUGCUCUGCAUGAGAGAGCACAGGCACCAGACGAGACAAGCCCAGAGCCACUGACAAUCCCGUAG